AUGAACAGGAUGGACCAGCACACGACAGCAAUUCCCGAGCGGCCCAAGCGUGUGCGGCGAUGGCAUCAUCGAGGCUUCACUGGCUGUUCUACUUGCAAAAGCAGACAUGUUAGAUGCGAUGAGGCCUCACCAGCCUGUCGUAACUGCAUAAAAAGGGGUCUUGAAUGUGACGGCGCCCAAGGCACAGCGACGUUCAAAUUCUACGGCCUUGACCAGUUUGCGACUGGUAUUGUCGAACCAAAUUCCAAACGGCGAAAACCAAAAACUGACAGAGAGGGCGACAAGUUUAAAAAAAAUAGAGAGAAUGAAACCAAUUUGGCAGAAAGGGUCAUGCAGGAUCCAGUCAAAGCCCUGGUCCCAGCUCAACGCAAAAUCAUCUCCAAUGCUAUCACGAAGCCGAAGCCGUCAUUCCUCCCAGCUUCCAUAUCUUCACCGGCAGAACUUUAUUACUCUCAUUUUAUUAAUACCGUCUCAACCCUCCUAAUUGUGUAUGACACCGAAUACAACCUAAACCCCUACCGCUAUUUGUUCCCCAAGUUUGCCCAUACGUCGAAAACGUUGCCGGAAGCAAUGAAGGCUUUGGGAGCGCUCCAAAUUGCGAAUACAACGUCUGGAAAGGCCCAGCUGUGGCACAUUCAGAAUGCGGUAGCGAUGUACGGCAAAACCGUUCAGUCGUUAAGGCAAACAUUACGAGCCGGACCAGCACACUGGCAAAUGACAGACCUUGCGACGUGUUUGUUACUUUGUUUUUUCGAGAUGAUGGAUUCGGAGACGGCGAACUGGAAGGUCCAUCUCCGUGGCAUCCGCGACCUUUUUGAGGCUAUGAUGCAACCGAUUCAACCAGUACCCACUUGUGCAAUCAGCGUCUCGCUCUUCAAUAAGGGACCUGAGCCGCCGGAACUAUCACUCAAGCGCUUCCUAAUAUCGCUUACAGCGUAUCUUGAUGUUGCCGGUGCCGUUGCUUCGAAUGAGGGAACAGUCAUCGAAGGCCCUUAUUGGGAAUCACACGGUGGUGGUUGGCAAUAUAAUUUAGGUGUCUCUGGCUCCUUGCCAGAAGAUUCUCGCAACGCGGCUGUUUUAUCAGCAUUACGUCGUCACUGGUCUUUACUAAUGUGCAUACAAACCGAUAUUAGCUCCUUUGCGAAUGCCAAACGAAAGGGAAUGUCCAUCGACAGUCAAAAGGCAACCCGAGAAAACCUUGAAACUAGACUUACAUUGUGGAGGUCGAUGGUGCCUGAAUGCUUCUCGAUGAUCGACUCAUCUCUCGAAAGUGCAACGAAAACUCACGGAAAUGCGGAACUCCUGGAAGGCACGGCUUGCGUUGAAGCGUAUGAAAAGGCCACGAUUAUUUAUCUACACAUGGUCUCCGUUGCUGGGGAGCGUGUGCCCCAGGCUUCGCCUCCACAUAUAACAGCAGCUUCCAAACGUGUCAUAACCUUGUUCAGAGAAUUUGGGCGGGGUGUUGGCCAAUUGGGGAUGCUCUGGGCCUUGUACAUUGCUGCAUUAGAGUCCAACGAUCCCGCAGAACAGGAAAUCCUGCGAGCAAUAUUUACUGGCAUGACGAGGUUUGGUUUCAAGAACAUCACCAAAGCGCUUGCAGUUUUAGAAAACGCCUGGUUGCAAAAACGAACAUUUGCCCAGUACGAAUGGAUUCAGGCGCCACAUCUGGAAACGUCGCUGCUGCUACCAUAA